UUCGAUUGUUAUCUCUGCGAUAAACAGCUGGCCGACAUUAUCGAUAGCGAUAGCUGAGAGCCAAAAACCAAAAGCCAAGCCAAACCGUCCGAAAACCAAAACAAUGGGUGAACCCAAGAUCCAAACGCCCGUGGAGCGCGCCCCCAACGCCGAGACCGUGCUGCCCCUCAGCCGGGUGCGCACCAUCAUGAAGAGCUCCAUGGACACGGGCCUGAUCACCAACGAGGUGCUCUUCCUCAUGACCAAGUGCACGGAGCUCUUCGUCCGCCAUUUGGCGGGCGAGGCCUAUGCGGAAGCCUUCCGGCAGAAGCCCAGCGAAACGCUGAAGUACGAGCACCUCUCGCAGCUGGUCAACAAGAGCAAGAACCUGGAGUUCCUGCUGCAGAUCGUGCCGGAGAAGAUCCGUGUGCACGAGUUCCAGGAGAUGCUGCGCCUGAACCGCUCCGCCGGCAGCGACGACGACGAUUCCGAGUCCGGUUCCGAGUCGGAUGAGUGACGGGACGAGCCCGUGAACGUUCCAGCGCCACCGACUGAUUCCAACGCCCGCUAUCUCUUGGCUUCUGCGCCAGCCCACUAGAUAAGUAAACGAUUGUGCAUAACCUCUGAUUAAUCAAGGAGCCCAUGGUGUCCUCCAAAUGACCACCAGAUCGCGGGAUGAUUACGGAGCGAGCGUCUGCGUCUGAUAAGCCCCUGAAUUGUACAUGCUUAGAUAACUUCUAUUAAUUUCCAACACCCCGAAACUACAUUUGUCAAUUUAAACGAUGCCCUUGCGGAGUUAUCGUCUAAAUAAUUACUCUAACUCUAGGUUUACCAGCUAAAGUACAUAAGCUUGCAGUUAAAAAUAGGUAUAUUCUAAGGCUUGUUUACUACUCCCUUUGGUAAGCUAAAAAUAUAUGUUAGGCCCAAAAAUGGCAAACUAAAAAUAUGUGUUAGGCCCUAAAAUUGUAAGAAACUUGGAAUUUGAAACCUACGUUGGAGAAAACAUUCUUGAGCUAGAUAUUUCUAAAAAUAAUAAUCAUCUCUUACCCCAA